AAAAAAGCUUUGCGACUCGUGUUGUGCUUCUGGUUUGUGUAUUUGAGUUUAUCAAAGCGGUCAAUGGGAUAGACGACAGUCAAUUUUACGCGCCUUUCCAUAUCUUCUUACAAGAAAGACUUGCACGCAUUUGACCGUGAUGGAUACAAACGAAAUUGAGGAGGAUUUUUUCAAUUAUAUAAUCGACGAAAACCAGGAUGCGGACAAACUGGAACAAAACUCCGAGGCAUCUGAUAAAGAAAAUGUGCAACUUGUUUUUGUGGGAAGACGACUGAAUACAACACCGCAACAAAUGCGAGAAAUCGCUGAAUCAAUCCUCAGUAUUUCCGGAAAAGAAUUAACGAGUAAAGAGACUCUUUCAUUUUGGGACAAAUUGACCGAUGAAUUGAACAAAAUGGGUCCUCCAUACCGGUCAAGAGCUGAGUGGCGAAAGGUAUGGUCAAUGCAUAAGACUAAUAGAAAGCGCAAGCAUUCCUCAGUGGAGCCACAUGACACUCAAUCUGAAGAUCAAAGCUCAAGUGCUCAACGGCCAAAAAUUCAAUUCAGUGAACAGUUGGCAACACCUAUCGGUGUUGAGAGUAAAAAUGUUGGAACAGAUGCCAAGUUCGAUACGAUUCAAAAAGGGGAAGCUGAAGUCGUACAUCAAUCCGGUGAUGAAAUAAAUGUCUCAGCUGGUGUUCAGCGUUCGAAUUCCAAUGUCACAUGUGCUCCGUUCGAUGAAAUUUUGGUCAUUUUGAAACAAAUCCUGGACAAACAAGCCGAACUUGUCAAUCAAUCGGGUGAUGAAAUGCAACAGAAUGUCUCAGCUGGUGUCCAGCGUUCGAAUUCCAAUGUCACAUGUGCUCCGUUCGAUGAAAUUUCGGUCAUUUUAAAACAAAUUCUGGAUAAACAAACCGAACUCGUCAAUCAAGUUGGUCAGUUCAGUGAAUUUUGUGGAAAACUUCUGGACAAACAAAACGAGUAUGUCAGUCAAUCCGGUGAUAAAGUUCAACGUGAUGUGUCAGCUGGUCUACAGCGUUCGAAUUUCAAUGUUGGUACUUGUGGUCCGCUCGAUGAGAUCUUGGCCAAAUUGAUACCGAUUCUAGACAAAGUUAAUACCAUUCUCGAUAGGCAAAAUGUCGAUAAAAAUUGAAAAAAAAAUUCAAAGAAUAUAUUUCACCGCGGUGUGGUGAGAAAACGUUAAACCGAAA